ACCACGCUUUCUCUAAAUAUUUAUAAGUUUUUACUUGUGCUAAAAUUAUUCAUAUUCUAGGAUUUUAAAAUAAAAAUGGCAUGGGGACUGCCGAAGCUGCCGGGACUAACGUUCUCGGACCCCACGAAGAUCCAGCACCACAUACGCAGCUCGCUGCGCUUUUAUCAGGGUCAUCGGUUCCCAGACACGUGUUUGCGCGCGCCCGGCGGCGAGGCCACCGACGUCGACAGCAACGCCUUCGCACUGCCGGACGACUCCGUCAACUACGACCCGUCGCUGACGUACGGGCGAGUGAAGCAGCCCGCGCUGCCGGCCGUGGUGCCGCACUGGGUGCACUACGACAAGCGCUGCUUGAACUUCACCGCCUUCUUCAAGCAGCCCGUCUAUGAAAACCCCAACGAGGCCUUGCGAGUGCGAGUCGUCAACAUCGUUUACUUCAUCGAAGACGAUACCAUUACAGUCAUGGAGCCGCGGGUCAAGAAUUCGGGUUUAUGGCAAGGAAGGAUGAUAAAACGCGGUAAAAUACCUAAAAAUAAUCUCGGCGAGUUUUGGCAUUGGAAGGAUUUGGAUGUCGGCAAAGAUAUUUGCAUGUUCGGAAAGGUUUUCCACACCGUCUCCUGCGAUUUAUUCACCAGGGAAUGGUUAGAAUCCCAAGGGAUAGAAUUAUCGAAAGAGGAAGAGCUCCCAGUGGACCAGUACACUCAGAGGGAGCGCUGGAAGUCCGUGCCGCCGCCGCACCGCGAGGCCAAGAAGGAAGACCGGCUGCGACGCUUCCUCGAGUACGACGGGAAGGUGCUCGCUUUCGACGUGUAUUGGGACAAUAGAGAUGCCGAAAACGGAGAACUAACCCACUAUAAACUGUUGUACUUCCUUCAAGAUGAUACGGUUUCUAUUAAGGAACUGCAUGAUGGCCGAGGUGGAAAGGAGCCUUUCCCUCUGCUACUGAAAAAACGAAAGUUGCCCAAGAAGUGGAAGGAGAGGCCAGUAUCAUUUCCGUCCAUUGUGAUGGAGGUGACCGACCAAGAGGUGACCGAGUAUUACUCCCCGAGUGACCUAAUUGUGGGAGAGACGGUUUUCGUUCUCGGUCGUCGUUUUCUCAUCAGCGACUGCGAUGCAUUUACCAGGAAAUAUUAUCGAACGAUGUUGAACAUAGAACAGCCGCCGCGCGUGGAGAUUCUCGAGAAGAAAACAAAGGAGUUCGUCAAGGUGUACCCGCCGCACACUGGAUUCGGUAGUCCGGAGGACUCCCUGCAGAACUGCUUCGGGCUGGUUCCAAAGGCUCCUCACAAGGACAUCAUCAAAUAUAACCUUAACGCCGGUAAGAACCUACGGUACCUGUGCGAGCUGGAGUGGAUCCACCCAGAGGAUAAAGGGCGCCAGUUUGUGCUGUCUUACAGCCUGGCCGAUGGCAAGAUCCAGGUCGGAGAGAUCCCGCGCCGCAACUCUGGCAUAAAGGAGGGAAAGUUCCUUAAGGCCAUGCUCUUGCAGACCCCUGAAUCGGAUCCCAGUUUUCCUACGUAUUUUACGCCGGAACGAUUUUAUAUUGGAGCGAUUGUACCGGUGUUCAAGCACCUGUUCAAGAUCGUCGGCUGCGACUUGUUCGUGUACCGGUACAUGAGCGCCAACCCCGACAAGUUCCCGCCUGAGGUGAUAGACAACGUGCGCAACUACCACUUGCGCGAGGGUAACCUAAAGGACGAACUACAGGACGCCAUACGUGAGGGUGCAGCAGCAUUUAAGCGCGCUGAGCUUUUAAAACAAGGCCAGUCGGUGGUGGCAGAACCCAACGCCAUGGAGCGGUGCCUGGCCGCGCUCGACGUGGUGGAGGGCUCGGAGGCACCGCCGAGGCCCCCCACGCCUCCGCAGAACACCGACCACCUGUCUUACGAGGAGAGUCUCAGAUCUACACGCCUCAGUAAACCGACAAGCGCCGAAAUAAUGCCCCUAAAGGGUAUACUGAAGUCGGGCGCCGCGCGCGACGACCAGCAGAAGGUGGUGUGCUUCAGCGGGCCCGCGGCCGAUGAUCACCGGGAGCCCGCGCGCCCGGCCUACCCGCAGUACCCGCCCGGGGAACAGCCGCACUACAAUGACGACCCAAACUAUUGCGAACGAUACAAGAUGCCGGAUCACGCGGAGCGCGCCGCACGGCGCGCCGCAGACGUGUGCGCAUACGAAGUGGUGCCCAGUGCGGCGCAGGUCGGCGCGGCCGACGACGACACCGGCGACAAGCCGCGCCUGCCCGGCUACCUUGGCACCUAUGGAGUUGACUGCAAAGCGAUACCUGAGUACAUGAAGUUAGCACCUGAUGCUUACGAGCAAGUGAAGAAGAUGCGUCGAGAGAUCCCGGAGAUAUCGCCGGCAGCGGCCCGCGUGGCGGAGCAUCCGCGGGCGCCGACGCCGCCGGUGGAGACUUGCCGGGCCCCGCCGGCCGCCGCGGACUCCUGCGCGCCGCGACAGCCAGAAGACGUAGCCUUCUCGUGCCCGCACGUCGAACCUAAAAUGCCCUGUUGCGAUCCCGACAAAAGGGACAAAACGGUGGUCACUCACCUGUAACUUCACUUAUCAGCGAAUCUAGUCUGAUGUAAUGACAUGGAAGUUUUCAUAAUAAAUGCA